AUGCGGUUGUCGAAGCUGGAGCCUGAUGUCAUUAGCUACAGCGCUGGGAUGAGCACGUGCGGGAGGGGCAAGCAAUGGCAGCAGGCUCUGGCGCUGCUGGGCGACAUGCGGGAGACGAAGGUGGAGCCCAACGUCAUCAGCUACAGCGCUGGGAUCAGCGCGUGCGAACGUGGCAGGCAGUGGCAGAGGGCACUCUCGCUGCUCCGUGAGAUGCGGGAGGCGAAGUUGAAGUCCGACGUUCUUGGCUACAGCGCCGGGAUCAGCGCGUGCGAGAGGUGCGACCAGUGGCAGCUGGCUCUGGCGCUGCUGAGCGAGACGUGGGAGGCGAAUCUCGAGCCCGACGUCAGCCAUAGUCAGCUACAUUGCUGCGAUCAGCGCGUGUCAGAAGAGCGAGCAGUGGCAGAGGGCCCUGACCUUGCUAAAAGACAUCCGCCGGAUGAAAGUGAGGCCAGACUUGAACGUCUAUAG